GAGCAUGUGUGAGGCAUCCGUGCAUGGAUUCUGGCAAAGCAACCAAUACUUAGAAGAGCAAACAGAAGAAAGUCGCUUCGGCCAAGAAACACAAAGAGCAGACAUCAGAUCAGUGGAAGUCUGUCCCGUGUUCCGAGUCCGAAUUGGAGAUUUGUGGUCGUAGCUGCUUUUUUUUUUCAGUGUGUAGAGAUGAACGUGUGACUCCCGCUGUGAAGCGUGGAGGAGGUGUGAUGCUGCUGACACAUCGCAGGCACCGCCCAACCCUGCAGCUCGCUGCUUUCCCCGUUCGUGCCGUAAAGCCUCAUAAUCGGCCCGCGCUCGCGUCCGGCGCCGCGGCUCGGCGGCAGAGGAGCUUAGCGGCCUUUGCCAGAUGGACCACAGUCGCGAGAGUGUAAAACGAAUGGAGACGCGUUCCUGCAGCUCCUGCUGUUGACUAACGAAGAGCAAAGAGCAAGAACGUUUCCAACCGCUCCAUUGGAUGGAAAUGAUUCCUUGAAGGUUGAGCAGCGGCACAAAGGAGAUGACUGGUCUGCCCUGGUCACAUGCUCGCUCGCUCUCUCUCUCUCUCUCUCGCUCUCUCGCUCGCUCGCAUUCCCUCGCUCUGUCGCAACACUCCUCAUCUCUCGCUCCUUCCGUCCCUCCUACUCUCUCCUCCGUCUCCGUCUCGUGGGUCUGCUCUGGUGGAGCCGUGGAUUUUCCUUCCCCCUCGUCUCGUAAAAAGGCGUUUUUCGCAGGAUGUGAGGGGGGGAAUGCUGGAGUCUGCGUCAUCCUCGGACCCCCAUGUGUACCGCGCGCUCCUCUCAGGCUGACGCUUCCCCCUGUCCUCCAUAAUCUACCUUCUCGCUCCUGCUCUCAUCCCUUUGCUCCAGGAUCAUGUAUUCGCUGGACGACUUCGGUGAACAGAGCAUCUGCCAGGCGCGGGCCUCCGUCAUGGUCUACGACGACGCCAGCAAGAAGUGGGUGCCCAUCAAGCCGGGGCAGCAGGGCUUCAGCCGCAUCAACAUCUACCACAACACUGCCAACAACACCUUCAGGGUGGUGGGCGUCAAACUGCAGGACCAGCAGGUGGUGAUCAACUACUCCAUAGUGAAGGGGCUGAAGUACAACCAGGCCACGCCGACCUUCCACCAGUGGCGUGACGCCCGCCAGGUGUAUGGGCUGAACUUCGCCAGUAAAGAGGAGGCCACCACCUUCUCCAACGCCAUGCUGUUCGCCCUCAACGUCCUCAGCUCUCCUGACAGCGGAGGUCCAGUCGUCCAGCGCCAAAAUGGUCCUUCCUCAGAGGAGAGCGAGGCGCAGCGGAGGAUGAUGGAGAUGCAGGCGCACAAAGAGCGGGAGCGACGCACGUCGGGAUCAGUCGUUUCCACCCUCCAAUAUAAAGUCUCCUCCAAUCCCACCCACCCAGACACCCCUCCUGAGUACAGACAGUACAGAGCUAGCACACUGCCGCCCUCCUACGUCCGUGUGGCCUCUUCCUCCCCCCCCUCCUCCGCCUCCUCUCCCUCUCAGGAGAAAGAGGCAGGGGCCGCUAGGGACAAGGCCCAGCUCUCCUCCCAGCUCUCCACCUCGCUGGCGUCUGCCUUUUCCCCAGUCCAGGCGGGAGUGACCACCCAGGGCCGACAGGUCCGUCAGAUCCCUCUGUCUCCUCCCACCGCAGCCCGCCACCUGCACCUUCAGCAGCAGCAGCAGCAGGAAAUGAUGCUCCCCCCCAAACACGGCACCUGGUCUGCCUCUCAUUUGCAGCAAAUGUACGCCCAGUUGCCCCCUUCCGCCUCCCCUCCGGUCAUGAUGGCCAUGCCUGUGAAGCAGGGUCUGCCUCCACAGCCCGUCCUGCCCGUGGCGCACCCACUCCCCCCCCUGAACCCUAGGAUGAAGCCCCCGCCUCUUGACACGAGCGCCGCCAUGGGCCCUCACCAGUACCCUCAGCACCAGCCCCACCCUCACGCCGGUGCCGGUGCCGGUGCCAGUCAGCCAGACGACUCCUACUCUCCCCACUCCCAGCACCUGCCGCUCACCCCGCAGUACUGCGAGGCCAUUCCCCUGCCUCCUCUGGCAGCUCAGACAGGGCCGGGGCCCGGCCCCAGCCACCAGGCCCAGUACCCGUCCACCUUCCACCCUCAGCAGCAGCACCAGCACCAGCAGCAGCCACAGCAGCAACAGGUGUACCACCAGCAGGCCCCGCCCCCCGUCACCACUUCCUCUUCCUCGCCCCCCUCUUACACUUCCAUGUCUGACGGGGGCUCGCCCAAGAAGACCCCCUCCCCAGUCCCCCAGCAGGUCCCCAUGUCCAACAGCAGCCCCCCCGCCUCUGCAGGUCACCCCUCUAUGCUGUCUGUGGCGCCUCCCAUGGCUGCAGCUCCAGCAUCUAUGGCUGGACCGCCAGCCCCCCCACCUCCGCCGGGCCCUCCACCCCCCAUGGCGGUACCCCCGCCCAUGCCCCCCCCACUGCCCACUGGUGGAGGGCCCCCUGGGGGGCCACCCGGGGUCCAGCAUCAACCGUCAGGACUGGCCGCUGCGCUGGCUGGAGCCAAGCUGCGCAAAGUGCACAGGGAUGAAAGCAGCCCCCCUGGAUCCGGUGGCAAAAGUGACUCCAACCGGUCCAGUGGCGGCAGCGGCGGUGGUGGGGAGGGACUGAUGCAGGAGAUGAAUGCCUUGCUAGCCCGCAGGCGAAAAGCUUCGGAGAAACCUGAUGAGGAUGACUCUAGCGGCCGAGGGCCAAGUCAGCAGAACUCAACAGAUGCUGUAAAGAAACCAUGGGAACGAUCCAACUCUGCAGAGAAGUCCUCACUUGUGUCCAGAGUGAGACCCAUUGGCAGCACUAGUGAAUCGGACACAGAGUUUGACAGGAUGAAACAGGAGAUUUUGGAUGAAGUUGUGCGUGAGUUGCAUAAGGUGAAGGACGAAAUAAUUUACGCCAUCAGACAAGAAAUCAGCAGAAUCAGUACAUCUUAAUCUCAUCUGAGCAACAGCAGGAGGAGAGUGAGAGAGGAGCUGGAGGCGGAUGGACACACAGAUGCACAGACGAGAGGACUAGGCAAUGUUCCCCCAAUGUUUCUGUGACCUCACAAUGACGUGAUGCACGUUGCAGAGACGUUGUGCCAACAUUUGAGUCUGCUGGACAGCAAACCCAAUGAGAGAGAACGUGUUUAUAUGGAAGAGGAGCAGGAUGGAUAAGGAAGGAUGAAAUGACUGAUGAACUAAACAGAGGAUGAAGGAAGAAUGACGGGACGGAUGAACAUUUGGUGUUGUGGUCCUCUCUGUGCACCUAUAGACUCAGUCAGCCCAGUGUUGCAACUCUUUGUUCUUUGUUCAGUCCAAGUCUUAAGAAUAAAAUAUUUUUGUUUUCUAAGUUUUUACUGUUUUAUUAUUUAAAACCUGUGGUAAUAAUGAUGAUGCUGUUGACGACAAUGAGUAUUUUAUUGAUAUUAUAGAAGGAGAACGGAAUCUUGCACAUCGUUUAUGUCAGCCUUUUAUAUUUUCUAUUAUUUUUGUUUGGUUUAUCCCUAAAUAUUUGAUGACAACAAGCACAAUGCGGGCAGAAUGGUGCUGCAGACUCACCUGCCCCUAACUGGCUUAUUUAAAAACAAAAAAACAGGCUUUUAUCAUAACCUUGUUCAUACUGGCGUUGUGUCUAAAAAUUGCUCUCCAGAGAUAAAUCUUAACGUCUGAACCAUAAUUAGACAUUUAAAAAUACCUCUUCCCACCCAUAUUCAAAGCAUAAUGUAUUACGAAUGAGGGAAAUGUAGUCGGAUAGCACAGACCACACUUCUACAACUCCAGUGUGACUGAGGCAAAGCUUUUUUCUACCUUCAGAUGUGUGAGAUUACUGAAGUUUGGGGAUCAAUCACAAAACAGGCCCAUAGCUGUAAAUGUGCCACCAGGUCUUACUUAGAUAUAAUACAACUGUACUUUCCAUUAGACGUUCUAUUCUUUGUGAUCCUCCAAAGUAUGCACGAAUCCCCCCCUUGUCUGUAUUGAUUAGAUUUUCAUUUGGUUUUAAAGUAUUGAAACGGUGGUACAUUUAUCAUAGUGGUUUGUUUCCAUGAGGAUCCCCCUUUCUCUAUAUGAAAUGUUGAUGAUGGAAGAAGUAAUUUGAGAAAAAUGAAGAGGGUUGCUCUGGCAAUAUGCAAAUCUUACCUAGUUAAGAAUGUGCAGAAAUUGAAAGGUACUGUAGGUCCUUGUGAUGGUAGCUAAGUGUGUCUUUGCAAGAAGGAUUUGGUUGAAAAUCGAUUGUUGCAUUCUAUCCACUCUGUCUGCUCUCAACUACGUUCUGAUUUUAAAAAGCUGGAAGUAAAUUCAUUCAAACAAAGGAAA